AUGGCGGAAUUACAGCAGUUUCUGGAAAGGACUAGCAAUGUUCGCCAUAAGGAACCAGCUGCCAAAAGAAUUGUGUGCACACCUCCCAAGAACCCCAAGGGAGAGCAAGGACAACUCACUCUGAGGCUUUGCCUACUUAAUACUAAAAUUGAAAGUUUUGAAUUCAAGCCAGCUGUUGUUGUUCAGUGUAUAUUGACAUUGGAUUUGAACCAAGAGCUGCACAAGAAUGGCCUUUCUAAGUCACCUACAAGGAGCUCUUUGAAGUUAGCCUGCCAACAGGCUAAAGAUUACCCAAUAGUCCUGGAGAUUAGGAUGGGUAUCUCCAGACUCAAAACUUCCAGAAGGCAGAUGCCCCAAAGCCCAGGGAAAAUUCCUGGAACUUUCGACAAAGGACCAAAUGGACAUGACUCUCAGCCAAGCUCUCUUGAAGGCAUCCCCAGGGUAGAAGUCACCAGAGGGUCUCAAAUCACAAUGAACAACUAUACGGAUGUGGUAGAGUUUGUCCUGCAGGGAUUCUCUGGGGAUCCUGGGUUCCAGGUUUUCUUCCUGGCCUUUUUCUCCAUUUUCUAUACUAUGGCUGUUACAGGAAACACCCUCAUUUUCAUGGCCAUCAGCCUGAACUCAAGUCUUCACACCCCCAUGUACUUCUUCCUUGCAAACCUGGCCCUGUUGGACAUUGCCUGCACAUCCACUGUUCUUCCCAAGCUGCUGGAAGGUCUAGUGGGGAAGGAUAGCCACAUCUCUUAUAAGGGAUGCUUGACCCAGAUAUUUUUCAUAUCCUGGUUUCUGGGGGCUGAGCUGCUACUGCUCACAGCCAUGGCCUAUGACCGCUAUGUGGCCAUCUGUCGCCCACUGCACUACAGCAUGCUGAUGAGUCGGCCUGUCUGUGUCCUGCUGGCGGGCAGUGUUUGGGGCAUCAGUGCAAUCAACUCAUCUGUGAACACUGGCCUCUUGGUACGACUCCAUUUCUGUGGCCACAAUCAAAUCCGCCACUUUUUUUGUGAAAUCCCAGCACUGCUACUGCUGCCUUGCAGCCCAACCACCCUCAACAACAUCAUGACUGUAAUGGCAGAUGUUUUUAUUGGCGUGGUCAACUUCCUGUUUACCAUGAUAUCCUACAGCUUCAUCAUUGCCAGCAUCCUACGCAUCCUCUCUGCAGAGGGUAAGAAGCGUGCUUUCUCCACCUGCUCUGCCCACCUAAUGGUGGUCACCUUCUAUUACUCCACUAUCAUCUAUACCUAUGUGCAGCCUGGCUCCGGAUCUUCCAUGGAAAAUGGGAAGGUGGUUUCCUUAUUGUACACAACAGUCGGUCCUAUCCUGAAUCCCCUCAUUUACUCUCUGAGGAAUAAGGAUGUCAAAGUAGCCCUCAGGAAGGUGUUUCCCUGUGUCUGUUGA